UACAACAGCUGGGUCCUGUAUUCAUCGGUUAGAAAUGCAUGAGUUCUGUUGGCAAUUACAGUGGCAGUCGGAAUACACACACGCCCGGUGAAAGGUAGACGCGAAGAGGCCGAGCCCUGCACAAGCUCCACGGAUCUGUGGCCACGUAUUCCUAUGACUGAGGUAGCGGGGAAGCUGUGGCGAGGCUCAUAUGUGGUAAUACGGGAGGAGGUUUUGUAGUAGCAAUGUAUCCACGUGCUAGAUUUGCCACUUUUCCCUGCCAACACGUCGGGCAGUCCCCGUCGCUCAGAUGAGCAGAACCGUGUAGGAUAUAGAAGGACCUUUAAAGGAGCGCCUGGAUUUAUUGUCUGAGGAAAACGUUCUGUGUGAUCGUCGAUACCAUCACCAGCACCGAGUCAAGGGAAUGGCGUCUGACAGACGUAUAUUUAGCCAGGAAGUGCAUCAGAAUGGCGUAGAAGAAUAGGUCUCUUCAGAUAGUGUGUGUUCCAGAGUGUGUCUUCCACCGAGAAGCGUCUCCCAUUGUCAGGAUAUGUAUCAAAUGCAAGGAUUCCACUAGCCCUUCUGGAACCUUCUGGGUGAUACCUUAGCGGUAUCACAACUCCAUCUGAACCAUGCGGCUUCCAAAGAAAUUCCUUUCAUGGAUAACAGAGUUUAUAUUUUUGUUAUUGUGCGUGUUAAUGUGUUGUAUUGUCUCCGGAGAGCAUCCUCAUGUGCAACUUCAUGCACUGAUACCAAGUCACUUUCACUGGUCACAGAGCUUUCAAAGGGUUCUGGUCUCCAAGUUGAUGUCCUACCGUCGGGACAGCAGAUACAGAGGAGUCUUCAGGGCCAUUAAUCUACAUACUAAUGUGACGUUCCUCAAGAAGGAUGAUCCUAAGGAGAUUCUGAAUUCAUUCUGUGAUUAUGUGUUUCCAUACAAUACUACAGCAAUAAUUCACGUCAACAACCCGUUGUCAUUCAGGAGACGGACUGCUGCUAGUCACUAUGUGCUAGAAAUUGCUUCAUAUUUUGGUAUACCUGUGAUAUCGUGGGAUCCAGAGUACCCAGGAUCUUUGCACACAAUGCAAGAAGACCGAACUUUACAAAUUGCACCUACCAUCCAACAUCAAACUGAAGCAAUGCUCAAGCUUCUAAUACGUUACAACUGGACAGACUUCGCUAUCGUGACGACUGAAGUGGCGGGAUAUCAAGAUUUCAUCGCAUCGAUCAGAUCUGCUGUUAAACAAACUCACAACUCGCCUGAAUUUACAGCAGAUGGCAAAAGGCCUUUUAGAUUUAAAAUCUUGAAGGAGAUAACGUUAAGGAACAAACCUAACCAAACUCAGGCAGAAGCACAGCUCAGUCAACUUUUUGAAUCAGAUGCACGUGUUAUUUUAUUGCACUCAAACACGUUAGAAAGUAAAAACAUUAUGGAUUACGCCCGUAACCUCGGCCUCACCACCGGGGAUUACGUAUGGAUAUUGACACAGACGGCUUUACAAACGUCAAGAUACGCUUCUAGAUCCUACCAUCUUGGAAUGCUUGGUAUCACCUUCGCCCAUCAGAAAGACGCCAUGGAGACGGCGAUAAAAGCUGCUGUGACGGUGUGGGUGACGGGGAUACGGGACAUGGUCAACCAAAGGAUGCUCACGAAGGUGGACCUACAUCCCAAGAUCAACUGUCAGGACGGGGGAAGGAUGUACUGGGAUGACGGAGAGAUAAUGUACAACUACAUGAAGAACAUCACAGUGACUCGGCCCCCGGUAAUGUCUUUCAACAAAACAGGUGUCUUGAAGUUUACCGAACUCCGGAUUGUGAAUCUCCAGGUUCGAGGCCAAGGCAGGAAGUGGAUUGAGGUUGGCAAAUGGACAAAAAAUGAAUUGGAAAUGCAAGACAUCACGUGGCCAGGUGGGGCGACAUCACCCCCUGUAGGCAAACCAGAUCGCCCGUUUGUACGUAUCGCCACACUGAAGGAGGAGCCGUACGUGAUGUAUGGGGAACCGAAUGAAGACGGGAAGUGUCAACUGGGAGCUGUACGCUGUGACAUCUUCAAUAGGGACGAGAAGAAGAGAAAACUCAGCAACCAUACAGUGGAGAAAUGCUGCAACGGCCUCAGCAUCGACCUUCUUAUCGACCUCAGUGAACAGCUGGACUUUGACUACCACCUGUUCGAAGUGGACGACGGUCAAUGGGGAGCCAUCAACAGCGUGACAGGGGAGUGGAAUGGUUUGAUCAAGGCAUUGACGGACCAGAAGGCAGACAUGGUCAUAACAUCGUUGAAGAUCACGCCGGAGAGGAACUCGGCAGUGGACUUUUCAGUGCCGUUCCUGGAGACUGGCAUCACGAUCAUCGUAUCCAUCAGGGAAGGGGCAAUAUCCCCCACAGCGUUCCUCGAACCAUUUGAUGUAGCAUCAUGGGUAUUUAUUAUACUGAUAAAUAUUCAUGCUGUUGCCGUUGGGUUGUACUUCUUUGAGAGGUACACUCCCACAAUUACUGUGCAUAAUGACAGGGCGGGUGCACGUGGCACAGACCACAAGUUCUCUCUGUUCCGGUCGUUCUGGCUGAUAUGGGCCAUGUUGUUCAGUGCCGCAGUGUCCACAGACACUCCCAGAGGAGUCUCCAGCAGGUUCUUGGCCAACCUAUGGGCUCUGUUUGCCCUUGUGUUCCUGGCCAGCUACACCGCCAACCUCGCAGCCUUCAUGAUCACCAAGGAGGAGUACUACGACCUGUCUGGUAUCCAGGAUUGGAGGCUGAAGAACCCGCAGGCAAUGAAGCCUCCGUUCAAGUACGCCACCAUCCCUAACGGCAGCACCGAGACCAACAUCAAGAACAAUCACAAAGACAUAUACAACUACAUGAGAAAGUUCAACUUGCCUACUGUGGACGAAGGAAUAAAGGCUCUGAAGAAACAGGAUAUUCAUGCUUUCAUCUAUGAUGCAACUGUUCUGGAAUAUUAUGCCGGGAAAGACGAAGAAUGUCGCCUAAUCACUGUGGGCAAAAGCUGGUACGCGAUGACAGGUUAUGGGGUUGCGUUUCCAAAAGGUUCGCACUGGAUUGACAAAGUCAACACAGUAUUACUGGAUUUGCAAGAAGGAGGUGAAAUGGAACGUCUACAGAAGUUCUGGCUGGCAGGGGCUUGUCAGAAGAAAGAGAAGACCGGCGUCUCAAGCCACACCCUCGGCAUCCUGAACUUCACCAGCGCCUUCAUCCUUCUGGCCGGCGGCAUGGUCCUCGGCGCAAUACUUCUGAUGCUGGAACACUGCUACUUUAGGUUCGGACGGAAGAGUCUGAAGAAGUGGGACACUUGUGGUUGCUGUACCUUAGUCAGUCUGAGCAUGGGGAAGUCGUUGACGUUCGAAGCGUCUGUCAUUGAAGCCAUUAACCUGCACAGGAGAACCAAGUGUACUGAUCCUGUGUGUGAGAACACAGCUGUGGAAGAUAAAACAUGAGCUGGACCUAGCUCUACUCAAAAUCGAUAAUUUGCAAAAUAAUAUUGGGGCAAGGACAGAUUCGUCAAUAGAAGAUGGAAAUUCUCACUGGCGGUACAAUCCUGAUCGACCACGACAGCCAAAUGGUAUUCCAGGCCAGAAUGCAAGACAUAGGGACAGAGACAAUUUUGACCCCACGCAAGCCCUGGGGGAGCGGCUCACGUGUUACGGGAGUGAAGACGGGAGAUCAGAUGGAGGGGGGUCACCAAAUGGGAGGGCACAGUUUAGACGGUCGCCUAGCUACACAACUGCAAUGAGUGAGAAUGAAAAUUUAGAAAUACAAGCCUUGUCCAACAGGGUGCGCUAUCAUGAUGGGAAAUAUUACAUGGGCGUGAAUGAUACAGAGAGCGUGUUCUGAUGUUGAUCCUUCUUGAAGGAUGACGAUGUAAUUAAGAGGACGUGUGCAGUAUCAUCACCUUUUGGACACCAGAGAUGACGUAUUGUUCAAAGGUGUUGUACACUGAGAUAUGAAGACAUGGAUGUUUCGUGACUGUAACACCCCAACAGUUGGUUCUGCGUUGCCAUGUUGAUGUGUCACCGUUACCAUGUGGACAUGGGAGGCCAUUGGCACUUUGUGAGCCAUUGUUAUCGUGUUGUUGUGAUCCACCGUUAACAUGUGGACGUGUGAGAAUAUUUCAUGUGGACAUCAAUCGUCAGUACAGAACAAGACGUGCCGUUCCCAUUUUAUUGUGAGUGGUUGUUAUCGUGCGGGAAUGAGCCACAGUUACCUUGUUGAUGAGAGCCACAAUUACCAUAUUGAUGCGAGUCACCGUUACAACGUUUACACGAUUGGUCUUUUAAACGUGGACGUGAGCCAUCGUUACCAUGUUGAUGUUAGCCAUCGUUAUUGUGUGGAAAAAUUUCAUGAUUAGCAAAUGGACAUACAGCUACUUUGUCAUGUGGAUAGGAGCCAUGGUUACCAUGUGGACAGCAGUCAUGGUUACCAUGUAAACAUCAGCCAUGGUUACCAUGUUGACAGGAACCAUUGUUACAAUGUAUACGGGAACCAUUGUUACUAUUUUCGACACGACCCUCGUUACCAUGUGAACAGGAGCCAUUGAUACAAUAUGUAUAGGAGCAUUCUUACAAUGGGAACAGGAGCGGUCCUUAUUUGAUGAUAUGCCACGGUGUUAACUAACUGUCUUCAAAACACCCGCAUCAUUGCAAGUGUUGGUGCUUCCGGGUUUUACGGCAGUAUCUGGGAACGUGUAUGAUAUGUGUAUGUGUGAAAUUCCUGUGAAAUCACUUUAUGAGAUGUUUGAUCGUGUGAGAACCGAAUGAGAUACCUAUAUGGCAUCACUGUAUGAGAUCCAUAUGCGAUAACCAUAUAGUAUCGAUAUGAGAGCUGCGAAUGCGGUCACUGUAUGGGAUCUAAUUAGAUACAAAUGAUGUAGCCACUUUGCACUAUGAGAUCACUGAAUGAGAUCAUAUAUGGUCACUAUAAGAGAUCUGAGUGAGAGCACUGUAGGAAAUCACUAAAAGAUCACUAUGAGAUCACCCUGGGAAUGUGAUAUUUAUUCAUGACAAUCAACAAAACUCGCUCUGGCAUCAACAUGAAAUGCUUCCAAAAGGAUGACAACAGAGUAGAGCAUUGUGUCAUCUUGAUUGUCAUCCUUGUGAUCACGGCAAUGAACAUCUAUGCAACUCUCUAUGCCGUGUGUAUUCUAGUCUGUUCAAUGGUAGUCAACAACGAUAUUAGACCUCUUCCAGCCAAGAAAAGUAUCUACAGGAGCGAAUAACUCCUCAACAGAAGACGAAGAAGCUUCAAGAGGUGUGUGUUCAGACAAAUGGAAGGAUCGUGCAAUUCCAAAAUGUAUCGAAAAAGUGUUUUCUAUUUGCUUACUGAUGUGUUGAUCAGUGAGGUCUGUUCUGUCCUUAUUAUCAAACUAUCAGUCUGUAAAACAACGUGUUUUAUUUCAGAUAUGUAUGCUUUUCUCAAUACGGUACGCUUCACGGUCAAACUGAUUGACACUACAAUGACAAAGGUCAAAUUGUCAUAGUUCAGCGACACUACACACUGAUACCAUCAUUCAAUUGUAAAAUUAGAAACGUUCAUCUCACUAAAGAGUCAUAUUAUUUGUUCAGCAGCAUGACAAGUCUGCUAUCAUGCUGACAUGUCCAUUUUGCCAAAGCAUUGCUUCUGUUUCUUCCUCUGACGUGUCCUGAUAUUCCCUACAUGUAUAUAGCCCUUCUGCUUGGUUAUACAAUCUUGCCCUCCAUGCUAUCGACAUGUCUAUAUUCUAUGUUUGACCGACAAAUCGCCACAUCUUUUAGACUACCUAUAAUGACUGUAAAUACAUUUUAAUAUUGUUCCAUAGAGAUACUUUAUUAAUAAAGAUUAUCCAAUAUGAA